AUGGAAAACCGUUCUCAGCGAUGCGAAUGCGAUCGGUGGUCCCGUGGUGUAGCGGUUAGCACUCAGGACCUCUGGAUCCUGCGCAAGGUCUUCAAUACUUCGUCAUCGUCAAGAGGGCUUUGCGAUGAGGACAGAAUGGAAAACAGUUCUCAGCGAUGCGAAUGCGAUCGGUGGUCCCGUGGUGUAGCGGUUAGCACUCAGGACUCUGAAUCCUGCGACGAGGGCUUUGCGAUGAGGUUAGAAUGGAAAACCGUUCUCAGCGAUGCGAAUGCGAUCGGUGGUCCCGUGGUGUGGCGGUUAGCACUCAGGACUCUGAAUCCUGCGACAGGGCUUUGCGAUGAGGAAAGAAUGGAAAACAGUUCUCAGCGAUGCGAAUGCGAUCGGUGGUCCCGUGGUGUAGCGGUUAGCACUCAGGACUCUGGAUCCUGCGCAAGGUCUUCAAUACUUCGCCAUCGUCAAGAGGGCUUUGCGAUGAGGAUAGAAUGGAAAACAGUUCUCAGCGAUGCGAAUGCGAUCGGUGGUCCCGUGGAGGGCUUUGCGAUGAGGAUAGAAUGGAAAACCGUUCUCAGCGAUGCGAAUGCGAUCGGUGGUCCCGUGGUGUGGCGGUUAGCACUCAGGACUCUGAAUCCUGCGACAGGGCUUUGCGAUGAGGAUAGAAUGGAAAACAGUUCUCAGCGAUGCGAAUGCGAUCGGUGGUCCCGUGGUGUAGCGGGACCUAGUCUUUUGCGCGAAGUCUUCAAUACUUCGUCAUCGUCAAGAGGGCUUUGCGAUGAGGAUAGAAUGGAAAACCGUUCUCAGCGAUGCGAAUGCGAUCGGUGGUCCCGUGGUGUAGCGGUUAGCACUCAGGACUCUGAAUCCUGCGACCGAUGCGAAUGCGAUCGGUGGUCCCGUGGUGUAGCGGUUAGCACUCAGGACUCUGGAUCCUGCGCAAGGUCUUCAAUACUUCGCCAUCGUCAAGAGGGCUUUGCGAUGAGGAUAGAAUGGAAAACUGUUCUCAGCGAUGCGAAUGCGAUCGGUGGUCCCGUGGUGUAG